UAAAUACACGUGUUACUCCCUUCCCCUCGCAAAUCGGUUUGCCUUUGUCGUACUAAAAAAACCAUCGUCCUCAACUUCAUUUCUCGAACCAUCUGAAAAUGCCAACUUCAAGUGUGAAAGAGGUUCUUCCAUCACCUCUGGAUUCUACUUCUCAACAACCUCCUCUGUUUGACGGAACCACUAGGUUAUACACCAACUAUCAAUGCCCCUUUGCACAGCGUGUUUGGAUUACCAGGAAUUAUAAGGGACUACAAGACAAGAUCAAGCUUGUUCCCAUUGACCUCGCAAAUAGGCCCGCAUGGUAUAAGGAGAAAGUCUACCCUGAAAAUAAGGUGCCAUCUCUUGAACAUGACAACAAAAUCAUUGGAGAGAGCUUAGAUUUGGUGAAAUAUGUAGAUGCUCACUUCGAAGGGCCCUCGUUACUACCAGAUGACCCUGCCAAAAGAGAGUUUGCUGAGGAUCUAUUGACGUACACCAACACAUUCAAUGGAACAGUGUUCUCUUCCUUUAAAGGAGAUACUGUGAAAGAAGCUGGUGUUGCUUUUGAUUACUUGGAAUCAGCUCUUCAGAAGUUUGAAGGUCCUUUUUUCCUUGGAGAAGUCAGUUUGGUGGACUUUGCUUAUAUUCCUUUUGUGGAAAGGCUUCAGGUAUUCUUAAAAGAGGUAUUCAAGUAUGAUAUUACUUCAGGCAGGCCGAAACUAGCAACAUGGAUAGAGGAACUGAACAAGAUUGAUGCCUAUGUUGAGACGAAAUGUGAUCCUGAUUACGUUGUUCAAAUGUACAAAAAACGCUUUCUGGGUGAGUGAAGUUGAUGAUAUGUUGAGGGAUAUGGCUGGCAGGCAGGCAGGCAGCAUUAUAUAUAAAGGGUGAAUAAAGUUGUUUGUUUCAAGUAACUGCUGUUGGGUGUAAGUUUGUAGCAAAAAUGGUCUUAGGUUAAUAAACCUCUUGGUUUGUUUGUUAUCUAUAACUUUGAAUAAUCUAGUUUCUGUACUUCUUGUACUUGCAAUGACUUCUUCCUCAGUACUGCACAUGGGUUGGGUUUGACGGUC